AUGUUGUCGCUGCGACGAAUGUUGCGGCAAUGGAAAGCUGUGUUAGUCUGGUUGUUGCUGACCUCCCGGGCGUCGCAAUGCGCACCGCAGUUUUGCAUGCCGCGGGCUGGCAGCUGCCUGGGUCAGUUGGCCGAGUUCAGACAAAGUCUCAAGAUGCCCUUUGACAGUUUCAGUCUUGAUUUACCUGUGCCCGUGAUGGUGGACGACUGGGAUGGAGAUGGGGCAGAUGACUUGCUGAUCACGAAUCGGACGCGCACUUGGUAUUUCCAUGUUACGGCAGACAGGCAACUGGUUCCGGUAGAGGAGACUGAAAACCCUUUUCGUGGGGUACGAGAAUUUUACGCGGGGCGAAGUUCAUUCUGUGUGCAUGCCCUCGACUGGGAUCGCGAUUCCAAUCUGGAUCUUGCUGUUUCUUCUACCAAUUUCACGCACCUUUUCGUGGACUUCUGGCGGCGUGAGCAAGACAAGUCAUUAAGUCUAAAUUAUAGCAUCCCAUUGGCCGACCUUCCUUCAUUUACUCGUUUCUUCAGAUGCGCUGCCAUGCAGCUUGUGGAUUGGGACGCCGACGGCGAUCUCGACCUGCUUGUCUCGACGCUUCCGCUUGGUCCCCCAUACUCCGAGGCAGGCAUGUAUUUCAUGGAGGCAGCCGGCUAUCUUGACUAUAAGCCCUACAACAAGUUGACGGAUCCUUUCCAAGGGCUGUUAAGCAUCGUAGUGAAGCUUCAAGCUGUGGACUGGGAUGGAGACGGCGAUCUGGAUAUGCUUGCCACCGACAACGGUGGUGCUGUGCACCUCUUCGAACAUUUUGGACAGCGGUCACGCAAAGGAGCUGGAGCCAUAGACGAGCAUCCCUUGACCUGGGGUCAACACAAUCUGAAGCACCUCGUUGAUUUCGACAAGGACGGUUUGCUUGAUGUUCUUCUGUUGGAACGUAAGACGGACUUUUCUCACUACUCCAUUCAAGUUUGGAUACAAGAAAAGCUUAAUGAGCUGCGGCCACACCUUCGAGACACAAGUCCUCUUCAGUCAGAGCUUUUCAGUGUUGACCCUAAUCCCCUUUUACAAGUGCUCGACUGGGAUGGCGACACCCGCUGGGACUUUCUGUCCGUCACGAGUUACAAGGACUCCGUAGUCAUAAAGCUUCAGCGCCAGACAAGCGCAGGCUCCUUCACGCCCAAGGUUUUGUGCAGAGUUUCUUCAGACAAUGUGGCUCAUUUUUCAUUUCAAGGUGGGGACUGGGACGAGGAUGGCGUCCCAGACAUCCUCAUUUGGACCUCGCUGGGCAUGAAGUUGCUUGUUGACUUCAGUGGAGACGAAUGUGUCAUGAGGAACACGUCGCUUGGACCUCCAGCUUCGGCUUCUCGCUAUUUCUGCCAGGCCAUGGAUGCUGACAGUGAUGGGGACGUCGAUUUUUAUUGUGUGGAGCAAGAUCUCGCCGGCGCAGUCGAACAGGUUGUUGGAAACUUGCAGCUGGUGAAUGAUACUGCAGCGUCCGGUGCUGGCAACGUGACGCUAGCGCUGCUCUGUGUGCAGUUUCCGAUUUCGACCACUUCUUCCGUACUUCGGGCAGCGGGUCCUCCGGAGACUGUUGCUCGUAGUUUGCAGAAGCUAACGGAGUGGCCCAGCCUGGUCUACCCCUGUUUUGUUGAUUGGGACCGUGAUGGUGAAAUGGAGGCCAUCGGUGUUGACCUGACUGGUGGCUCGCGUCUGCAGUACUACUCUGCAGGGCAUUGUGUCAGCGCCCCGUUGUCCAUCGGGGCUGUCAUUGUUCCGGCUAGUCCGCAGCCCACUGCGGGCUUGAAAUGUUGGCUGCAGUUGAAACUGUUUCCACAGGAUUGUUCCGCGUGUGAGCGCAACUAUGCUUCUGGGAAGGAGGGAAGAUGCCUCCCUUGCCCAGGCGUCGGGCGUGACACGCAUGGAAGCUGCGCCGGACGUGGGACGUGUCAUGAUGACAUCCUUGCGGCCAAGGAGGCCAGGAAGUCAAACGCCUCCAACAUGUCGGUGCUCCUGGCACGGGGUCGGGGCAGCUGCAAGUGCAACCAUCCCUUCAACGGCACCGGCUGCGAUGAAGGUCAGUGCCCAGCCGGGAAUGAAUAUGUCACGGGCAAGAUGCAGCCGGAUUCUUGCAAAGCCUGCCAGCCGAACCACUUCAAAACCCAACCCGGAAAUUAUCCUUGCCAACCUGCUGACCUAUUCGUGGCCAUCCUCACCCUUGCUUCUGUGCUUGCCGGCGGGUUCCUGCCUGUCAUGCUCGGCAACAGGAUCCCCAUCCAAGAGAUCUCCAACACAGGCCAUGGCGUGCGUGUCACCACUGUGCGAGGGCAUUGGGUCCGCCCGCGUCUGGCUGCCACCAAGGUGUACUUCGAGGGCACUGGUGUCCAUACGCUGGACACGAAGCCUGGAAACGGACCAUGCCACACAGUCCGGACUGUAGAUCGCUACACUUUGCAACUCCACGGCAAGGACGGCAGUGCCUGGGAGGGGGUGGCGGAGACGUCCUGCGGCUGGCUAUGGCUUCCUUGGCAAGAGGCGCUCCUCGCGACCGGCUUCUGGUGUGCACCAACAGUAACCUUAGUGGGCGUGCUGCUGUCGAUCCCUUUCGUUGUCCUGACGAUGACGCGCGCCUACGAAGUUGACAUCGCCUGGCUCCCGGCGCUCGCCGGCGGCCUUCUCUGCUUCCUGCUGGUUGCGUCCUACAGGGGCCCGCUGGCCGCCAAGCGCACGGCUCUGCGCAAGGCCCAGAGCGCGUUCCUCCGACAGCUGCGGCUUUUCCAGCCGAAGCCGGUGCCCAGGGAGCGCGGCCCCAGCCGGGCCAUCACCCUCGGCCAGCUGUGCGAGCUCCACCAGGCUUUCCAAGGCUUCAUCCAAGAUCGGAGCAUGCAUUACGUCUGCCACAAUCUCGUGAAGCCACUCACCAGCGAGGCCCGGCUUUCCUACGCGGAGGUGGCCGGGCCGCAUGAGGUGGAGUACUUCGUGAGCCACUAUUGGGGCACGCCCUUCCGGGACUUCGUCAGCAGCGUUUGGAAGCACUCGGAGGCCAUAGUGCACGUCGACGGGCAGCUGGGCCUUGAAAUCACGAGGACGAGGUACUGGAUUUGCACCGUCAGCAACAAUCAGUGGGAAGUGGAAUGCGAGCUGGGCGGUGGUGGCACGGCCGGCUGGGAGGAAUCUUCUUUCUACAUGGCGCUGCGGGCAUCCGGCACCAGGGGAACGGCCAUGAUCCUGGAUGAGGAGGCGACACCCCUCAAGCGCUCCUGGUGCCUCUUUGAGCUCUUCCAGACUUUCCAGCUGAGCGAGCAAGAUGCAAGCUUCCAGUUCCUUUUCUGCACGCCGUCGGGCGUGCUGAACUACGGCAACUGCAGCGUGGACGCGGCCAUCGCCAUCUCCGACCGGCUGGUCACGCUCCGCCUCGAGGAUGCCGAAGCCAGCUACGCGUCGGACAAGGACAUGAUCGACCAGCUCAUCUCGCAGGAAGAGGGCGGCUUCGACGCCGUGAACUUCUCGCUGAAGCUGCGCAUCUCCGAGGUCCUCAGGGCCACGGAGCGGCACCUCGGGGGCGAGCUCGGGCGGCUGAAUCGCAGCUUGGAGGCGACCAUGGAAGGCUACAUGACCCAGCGCGCCGCGCAGGAGCAGGCUCGCGAGCCACCUGCGCAGGCCCUGCAGGAGAGGGCGCCGGCAGGCCCGGAGCUUCUGAAGCUUCAUGGGAAUUGGGGCCAGAAGCGCUCCUUACAUCGCGGGAAAAGACCUGGGCUGCUGGCGAGCUUUGACUACAGUCUCACUUGGAAGUCCCUUCAGGAAGAGGAGCAGGAUCGCCAGGAAGCCAUCCGCCCGAAGACGAAGGUAAUUCAACCCCUUUGA